GUGGAAUUACUUUUUCCUUUAUGAUGGCUCAAAAGUGAAGGAGGAAGGUGAUCCUACAAGUGCUGGCAUCUGUUAUUUUUACCCUCCCCAGACCAUGCCAGAGCAGCAGGAGCUGCUGUGUGGGCAGAUGGCCGGGGUUGUUCGCUGCCUCACCGAGAUCUCCGGGGCCCCUCCCAGCCUGGUCCGCCUCAGGAAGUUCAAGUUUGCCGUGGUGGUGGAUGGAGACUUUCUGUGGGUCCUGGGCUGUGCUGUGGAGCUGCCUGACGUGAGCUGCCGGCGCCUCCUGGAGCAGCUCAUCGGCCUCUUCACCUUCUACCACGGCCCCGUGCGCGGGGCAUACACGACAUUUUCCCAGGAAGAGCUGAGCAGGGAGUGGGACAGGUACAUUGAGCACAUCCAAAAAAACACCAGUGACCUCCACAGGAUUUUCAAUUCUCUCUGGCAUCUGGACAAAACCAAGGUGGAUCCCCUGCUUCUGCUGAAGGCAGCUCUCAUCCUGCAGACGUGCCAGCGCUCUCCCCAUGUCCUGGCAGGCUGCAUCCUCUACAAAGGCUUGAUUGUGAGCACCCAGCUGCCACCUCCACUCACUGCCAAAGUCCUCCUGCAGGGCAGCCGGUCCCCAGGGCAGAGUGAGCCUGGAGCUGAGGAGCUGCAGGAGCCUGACCCUCUGCUGCCGCCGGGUGUCCGAGUGCUGCCGGUGUUCCUCACUGCAGAGGAGGUCUCUGCUCUCCAGGACUUCCCCGUGGAGUGGAUGGCCAGGUCACCCAUGUCCCCAGCAGACCCCAGAGGAGAGGAGAGUGCUCUCUGCUCCCAGGCAGCUCCAGAAUCAACAGAUGCUCAUGAAAACCAAGCCCUGGAUGGAAUCUCUGUGCAGAAGUCCCAUGAGGAUGCAUCAGAAACAUUUGCCCCUGGAGAUGCUGUGCAGCUGAGCAGCCCUGCAAGUCCUCUGAUGGACUUUUCUGGAAUGGGAGCCGGCACAAGGAAUUCUUCAGCUGCAAACCUGAGUGAAGCAGGCAGUGAAAACUCAGAGCUCAGCAGGAAAACAUCCUUCCCCUCAGAGAGCGACGCAGAGCAGCUCCCAAGCCCUUCUUCGCUCCAGACUGAAUGUACUUGGACUACAGGCCCAUACCUGGAAGGCUUUUCCUUCCCCAACCCUUACUUCUGUGAGCAGGAGAGCCAGGACAAGGGGGAAUCCCCUGUGGAUUCUGACAUUGGUCACUGUGCUUCCCAAAAUUCCCUUUCAGUCAGCCACAGCCCAGCUGUUCCCUCUCCUGCCCAGGAGCUGAGAAAAUCCAGUGAGGAGGACAAGCCAUGGACUGCGAGCCAGGACCGUGUGUCUGGGGGAAGUGACAGCACAGCGGGUGACCACGGCUGGGGCUUGGAUUGUCCAGGCCCUGCUGGACACACUCAGCUCCACAACAGGAGGCAGCCACUGCUCCCAGAGCUCCAGGAGGCUCUGCCCAGUGUCCCUGCAGGGGACAGGCCAUGUCCAGGCAGCAGGGACAGGCUGGGUGGCACAGGGGCUAAGCCAGCCCAGCUGAGCCUCUACGUUCACUGCAUCCAGGGCUUGGUGCUGUCGCUGCUGGCUGAGGAGCGGCUGAGCCGCGACCACGGUGCCGUGCAGGACGUGUACCACAGCAGCCUGGCCUCCCUAAAUGGCCUCGAGGUUCACCUGAGGGAGACCCUGCCCAAGGACUCUUCAGCCUCAGCCAGGACAAACUACAGCUUCACACACUAUGACCGUGUGCAGAACGUCCUCACAGCCAACUUGCCCCACACACCUGGACCCCUAGACCGGCACUUCCUGAGGGCAGCCACCCUCAUCCACUCCGACUUCAGCCAGCUCCCCACGGCCUCAGAGGUGAUCAUCAGGAAUGCCUCCACAGCCGUGUAUGCCUGCAGGAAUCCUGUCCAAGAGACCUACUUCCAGCAGCUGGGAGCUCCCCUGCGCAACUCAGGCGUCCCCAACCCUCAUGACAGUGCCUUCAGUCUGCCCAGCAAGGCCAAGCAGAAGCUGCUGAAGCAUGGGGUGAACCUGCUGUGAGCUGCUGUGCUUGGACAACGGCUCAGCCCUGUGAAUGUUCAUCUCCAGUAAGGAAAAUCUCAGCUGUUUGUGCCUAGAGAGGCAGGAGGCACUGCCCUGCCUCUCUGGGGUCUCCAGCCUGCCUGGCCCUGAGGAAGGGACACUCCUUGCCCUCUCCUGAAGCACAUUUUGGGCUGGUGCAGGUGUCACUGACAGCAUUUACCAAAGACUGAGGACAGAAUGCAGCAUCUUGGGGCUCUUGGUUUACAUGGACUUUACAGGGACUCCUUGGUGCUCUGCAGACUCCCCAUGUGCCUUGAUCUGAGGUAAAACCUCACCUUGCUCUGAGUUACACAGCCCCCAGGCACUGCUGCCUUUCAGACAUGUCAGUCAGCCAUUGUGUGUGCCUGCCCUUGCCCUGGUCAGACUUUGGCUUUCUGUCCCUUAAUCCAUGGCAAUGAUUCUUCCAUGACGUUGUGCCUUACCUUGGUUAGCAGUGCCUGCCUGUUGUCACACGGGAGCAGAGCAAGAGCUGCAGAGCUCACAGUCCCCUUCUGGGUGCUCCCAGGAGGUUUUUACACCACAGGUGGCUCUGGAGGGAUGUCCCUGUCCCUCCACACCUCCCUGGUCAGUGAUGGUCCAGCCCAGCCCUGCCCUCCUUGUGGAUGUGCAGCCUCCCAGGGCCUGGGUAGUGGUGAUGGUGGUGGGAGUGUCCCUCAGCCUGUGCUCCCUCCCUCCUCCUGCAGGACCUCACUUCACUGCUCUUACUGCUCCAUUUGCUCACACUCUGCAGACCCCAAAGUUGCCUCUUAGCUGAUGGGACCAAAGAGGUUUUGUAUCCCCUCAGCAGCUGUCCCCUUUCUGCUCUGACAGUGUCCCCAGUCCGUGGUGGCCAGGGGGACCUGUGGAGGUGGCUGCUUACACUGAGGGAUGGAUAGCUGUGUUUGGACCCUGCUGCUGGUGCAGACACACCCCUGAGUGUGACUGUGGAAAUAAAGGAGUCUCCAAGGCUCAUCCCAGCAGCCAGA